AUGGAUGAAUAUACGCUCAGUCUUGACAAUGCGUUGGGUGUUGUCUCUCUUUAUGACGACGAUUCCUCUCGAUGGGAAGCCGUUACCUCACGCAACACCAACGCUGAUGGCCUUUUUGUCUAUGCGGUGCGAACAACAAAGAUAUUUUGUCGCCCAAUUUGCAAGGCCCGACUUCCUCGCCGUGCGAACGUGUCCUUUUAUACUCAUGGCCAUGAGGCUCAGCAGGCUGGUUUCCGUGCCUGUAAACGUUGCAAGCCCGAAGUUGCAGGGUUCAUGCCUCAAGAGACUGCCGUGCGAAAGAUACAAGCUUUUAUGCGACAGCAAACAGAGAAACAAAGCGAUGCCCAAGUCAGACUAAGCUUGAGCCAGAUGGCUAGGCAAACUGGACUGUCAAAGUGGCAUUUCCAUCGAGUGUUUAAGAAAUGUGUUGGUAUAACGCCGACAGAAUAUUUGCGGAUACAACGUCAGAGUCAGUGCGUUCAGAAUUCAGCGGAAACAAGUCGGGUUGACGAUGGGUUUGACAUUGAAACUCUGGGCCAAGAUUUUGACGUGAGAACUUGGGACGAUUUUGUUCCUGGUUCAGGCUAUUCGAUCUUUGGAGACGGAAACAUCUAUAUAACAUCUCCUUCACCUUCGUCUUUUCUUACUUCAUCUGCUGUUCUGUGA